AUGGCGCCGAUCCCCGCACCGGCUCGGGCUCCGGCUCCGGCUCCGGCUAGGCACAGAACGGCCGCGGCGGCAGCGACAGCGGCAGCGGCGGCGCCCGUGACGGAUCAAUCACGCCGGGAAGGGGUGGGAGCGAGCAGAGUGCGGGAGGCGGGGAGCCAGCGAGCAAACGCGAAGAGGGGGGCCGGCGUCUCCGCGCGCGCCUCUCCGGCGCGGCCGCCCCGAACCCGGCCGCCUCCGCCCGCCCCCGUGCGCGCUCUGAGCUGCUCUCCCGCCGCGAGCCGUUCGGCAGCAGCCCCUGGAGCCCGGCCGGGGGAGGGCGAGCGGCAGGAAACGCGGGAGGCGAAGGCGAGGCUGCUCCGCGGCGGCUCGGGCCGCCUCCGGGGACAGGGACGGGCCGUGCGCGCCGGGGGAGGGGAGGCGCUGGCGCUGCGGCGGCCGCGGGGAAGGCCGCCUUCCCAGCACACGCACACCCGCGCCCCCGGCCCUCCGCCGCGCGGGCUGCCCCGCGACCGCCUGGACCUGAGCUCCGGGGGACAGCGGCUGAAGGAACGAGGACGGCGUGCUGGCACACGCAGUGGCCACGGUCGCCUCGCCGAGCGCUUCCUGUAG